CUUUUUGAUGUCAUGCAACUCCGUAUAACACUAUGUUUUCCCUUUCGUUUGCGUGUAGUUCACGGGAACACUUAAAACGUGCUAACUGAAAUUUUAAUACAUUUUUGCCGACCUCUUUGUGACGAAUUUUCUUUAUGUUUAUUGAAUGAAUGUUGGUGGAAAUGGUUCACUUGACAUUUGUUGUUUCUUAAAUCCAAUCUUCAAGAAAUCCAAUUGAUCGUGUGAAUGAGUAUUAAUAAUAAGAGUAAUAAUACGAGAGUGAUGUACGAAAAUAUUACGUAAUAUAUGUUUUAGUGUGCCCUUUUGUGAAGUUUCAAGAAAACAUUCAUAUGAGUAAAAUUAAGAAAACUUUCUGUUAUGCAUUAAAUGCUGUCUUACAUGUUUUUGCUCGUUGACAUACAAUAUUUUACCCGUAAUUGUUUAUUUUAAUUAGUUUGACAACUUAACAUUUCACACAGAAGAAUAAUCAUGGCAAGUGAUAGCCAGAGUGGUAAUGAACAAGUUAUACUUGCCACAGGAGGUUAUGAUCACACAGUAAAACUAUGGCAAGCCCAUACAGGAGUUUGUCAGAGAACCACGCAACACACGGAUUCUCAAGUGAACUCACUAGACAUAACCCCUGACAAACAGUUAAUUGCAGCUGCAGGUUUCCAACACAUUCGAAUGUAUGAUUUGACAUCUAAUAAUCCUAAUCCUGUUAUAAAUUAUGAAGGUGUUUCUAAGAACAUUACUGGAGUGGGUUUCCAAGAAGAUGGCAAAUGGAUGUAUACAGGUGGAGAAGAUUGUAGUGCAAGAAUUUGGGAUUUAAGAUCCCGGAAUCUUCAAUGUCAGCGAAUAUUUCAAGUUUCAGCCCCAGUAAAUUGUGUAUGCUUACAUCCCAAUCAAGCAGAGUUAAUUGUAGGAGAUCAAAGUGGUGUAAUUCACUUGUGGGACUUAAAAACUGAUCACAAUGAGCAGUUGAUACCUGAAGCUGAAGCUUCAAUUCAGGACAUUGCCAUUGAUCCAGAAGGUCAUUUUAUGGCAGCUGUUAAUAACAAAGGACAUUGUUAUAUCUGGAGUUUAAGUGGAGGAAUUGGUGAAGAACCCACAAAAUUGAACCCUAAACAUAAGAUUGAAGCCCACAAACGCUAUGCGCUCAAGUUAUUUGUUACGACUUCUGCUGACCAAACAGCGCGAAUAUGGAAGACGAUAGGUUUCAGUUUAGUGCAAGAACUGAAGCACGAUGAGCAGCGCUGGGUAUGGGAUGCUGCUUUCAGUGCCGACUCACAGUACGUUCUUACAGCAUCUUCUGAUGGCGUUGCAAGAUUAUGGAAUGUUGUAACAGGGAAAGUAGAGAAAGAGUACAAAGGCCACCAAAAAGCUAUUACAGCUUUAGCAUUUCGUGACUUUAUAGUUCGCGAUUAAUGUUCUAGUCAUAAAAAUAAUUCUGGUGUUUAUAAAUGUACUCUUGUAUUGAAAGAAAGCAAAUAAAACUGAUGUUUACAUUUAAAUAUAUAGAUCAUAAAAGAUUCUUUACAUUGUAUGCCUUACUGCUUACGCAAAUGCAUAUUUCACCAGUAUCCUAGUUCCUAU